GGUCUUUGAUGUCGUUCAUCAUGUCGCAUUCAUGCCGGAAGAUAGAAGAGUUCGUUGCGUUUCGUGUUUGCUGUUUUUGUACUUAGAGACUUUAUUCUUUCAUUAGCAUAACCAUGACAGGACCAAUACCUUGCUUCUGUUCCCUCAACCCCUUUUCCAGCGUUUUCCCCGUCUCAUCGGAAAGUAAGUAAGUCAGUGUGCAUAGGAAACCAGCCUGUGUCUUCACCGAGGAAAUUAAUUCUACCCACUUUUACCCCGUAUACAUUUUCAAUUACGUUGACAACGGGAAUUUCUUCGCUGUCUUGCCCAACAGUUCAUUUCUUUUUUACCAAUAAGUUGCCAGCAUAAGAUAGAAUUCGUAUGACCGCAAGAUUUGGUGCUUAGGCGAAGCAGGGCGAAAACAGAAUCCUUCCACUGCUUGCGUGCGCGAACAAGUACUCGCCAUCCCGGCGUUGCGGUAGAUCACCAUGGCUUCCCGUCGAAGCCGCACGGGUGCGGGGGGAGAGGCGGAGGCGUCCGCUCCCGCUCCCCGGCGCAGCCGCGGUGCGGCACCCAGUAGCAGUGCCGAUAGCAAUAACAUCAAGGUCUGCAUCCGGGUGCGACCUUUCAUUGAGCGCGAGAAGGGAGAGAAGUGCAUCGUGGAGAUGCCGAUGAAGGAUGUGAUGCGGGUCUUAGACGAGGACGGAAACGCCCAGACCUUCAACUACGACAGGUGCUACUGGAGCCACAGCCGGGAGGACCCCCAGAACGGGUUCGCGGACCAAAACACCCUGAUGAGCGAGCUCGGAAUGGAACUCUUGAACAACUCGAUUCGCGGGUACAACGACACGCUGUUCGCCUACGGGCAGACGGGCAGCGGGAAAACUUGGUCCGUGAUCGGAGGGAAAGACAUGAACCUGGACGCGGGACUGCUCCCGCGCAUGGUGAACCAAGUGUUCCAAAUGCUCGCCCAGCGAAAACAAGAGGAACCAGACUAUCAAAUGUGAAAAUGUCUGGGUCUGGAAAAGUGUAGACCUGUCAUGCAGAUUUUCCAUGACCCAUGAGGCCUGGAAUGCGGGACUUAGCAUGACAGACUCUGCGAGGUCUCUGCCAUGCCUAUCCUGCAUGAGAAACUCCCCUCCAACUUGGUCAAAAGUGUACAGCUUUUGGCACUCAUGCAACACAGAUUUUCGCAUGCUUCAGAUUUACCAUGACAAGUUGGAAUCUUCCAGACCCAGACAUUUUUGCAAUUCAUACAGACUGGACCUUCCAGAUUCGCGUGUCGUACCUGGAGAUUUACAACGACAAGCUGCGGGACCUGCUUAACCCGAUCAAGCAGGGGCAGGACAAGUCCCUGGAAGUCCGGCAACACCCGAAAUUCGGGAUCUACGUGCCGGGGCUCACCGAGUCCGCAUCCACAAGUUCCGAAGAGGUAAAGGCAGAUAAGUUCAGAAAAAAAUUCCGCACUAAAAAAGCAAGAAGAAUGUGUAUGUGAUCAUUAUUAGGAGUAUACUUAACACAGAGCAAAAACACAUUAAAAAUGAAAUUUGACCCCCACCUCUCAGGUGAUGAAAUUGAUGGAUUUCGGGAUGAAGGCCCGCUCCGUGGCGGCCACGAGUAUGAAUGACCGAUCCUCCCGGUCGCACUGCAUUUUUACGGUGUCCGUGACGCAGAUCAAGGGCGACAACCCGGAGAAGCCGUUGUCGCUGUUGCGGUCCAAGAUCAACUUGGUAGACCUGGCGGGUAGCGAGCGACAGAAGAAGACCAACGCCAGCGGGGACCGGCUGAAGGAGGGGGCGCAGAUCAACCAGUCGCUGACCAACCUGGCGCUGGUGAUCCACGCACUGGCGAAGAGCUUCACAAACGAGGGCAAGAACGCCAACGAUUUCGUCCCCUUCCGGAACAGCAAGCUGACGUACCUUUUGCAAGAAUCCCUGGUGGGGAACAGCAAAACCGUGAUGAUCGCUGCGGUCAGCCCCGUAUCCUGAGUAAAAACGUACCCACACCAGAGUCAAGUUGGAAAAUCUGCUAGACAAAUCGGCCAACUUUGCUUGUUUCGCAUGACAAAUUUGGACGCGUAGUGUAGUGCUGUUUGAGCUAGUUCAGCAGCAUUACAGAUCUAGUCGCUCAUGCUGAUUGGAGCAUGACAAAUUUCAAAACACCCUUAGAAAAUGCUUCUCAUGGGGCUCCGCAUGACAAACAUUUUAAGCAUGCAGAUUUGCAUGUUUAGCAUGACAACUAUGGUGUGGGUACGUUUUUACUCAGGAUACCCCGCUCGGUCAAAUUACGACGAGACCAUGUCGACGCUGCGGUUCGCGUAUGAAAUGUAAAAAUGUCUGGGUCUGGAAGAAUGCAAGUUUGUCAUGCUUGUCUGGCAUGACUCGGGAAUCUGUGUUGCAUUGGCACGAAAGAGCCCUCUUAACCGUCAUGCGAAAAGGCAGUUUGCCAUGCGGAAUAUGUAAGACAUGGCAGCCACAAAAUUUGUCAUGCAUAGCUGCGUAUUGCGGCGCGUCUAUCAUUCACUUUUAGCAUUACAAGUUUCCAGACCCAGACAUUUUUGCAUUUCAUAUCGCGAACUCCGUGAAGGAAAUCCAAACGAAGGCGAUCGUGAAUCAGGUACUGGUUUACAAAUUGAUUUUUUUGAACGUAGCAUUUAUUUUUGCUGGUGCACCUUUUUUUUUCCCGCCUGGAUAUUUCUAAUAAAUAAAGUCACAGAUAAAUGAAAACAAAAAGGCAGGAGUACUGAGUUUGAAUUGGCGCUGCGGUCAUCUCUGCCAUACUUUUUCUUUUGUGCCGUUGAUAUGUAAAUGGUCGCACGGUCUUCAUCUUGAUGAACAUGAAUACUGAUGUAAGUCCUAUACGAAACAACCAUGACCCCCCUUUCCACAGGAAGCGGACGCGGACAUUAUCGCGCAGUUGAAGGCGGAGAUCAAGGCGUUGAAGGGCGAGGGCGGCGCGGCGGUGAGCGACGCGGGCACCCAGGAGCAGCUGGCCAUGCUGAACGACCUGGUCGGCAAGUACGGCAGCAACUUCCGGCAGGAGGUGGAGGCCGCGCAGCAGAUGGAGCAGAUGCGGCAGCAGGCGCUGGUGGACAUGGGGCUGUCCGGAAAGGGCAUGGCCACCGCCAUGAACAUGAACCCCAACACGCCCUACCUGAUGAACGUGGCCGACGACCCGAGCCUGACCGGUUGUUUGGUGUAUUUUAUCCCCAUCAACGAGGAGGUGACCAUCGGGUCCGACGCCAGUUGCACCAUCAAGCUGAACGGGCUGGGCAUCGCCCCGGUGAUGUGCCAGCUGGUGAACUUCAACCACACCCGCGUCCACGUGAAGCCGGUGGCGGAUCCCGAGACGGGCAAGUACGGGCGGCUGCUGCGGAACGGGCGCGCCAUCGGGAGCACGCCCACCACGCUGGAGGCGCGGGACCGCUUCAUGAUCGGGCGCAGCUUUAUCUUUAAGUUGGUGGUGCCGCUGCAGAAGGAGAUCAGCCAGAGCAUGACGGAGGAGGACGCCAUCGGGGACCACCUGGCCGUAUCAAAUGCAAAAAUGUCUGGGUCUGGAAGAAUGCGCGAUUUGUCAUGCUGCUUUUCCAUGACCCAUGAGGUCUGGAAUGCAGGACCUAGCAUGUUGACAGGCUCUGCGAGACCUUUCUCAUGCCUAUCCUGCACGAGAAACUCCCUCCCGACUUGGUCAAAACUGGACGACUUUUGGUAAUCAUGCAACACAGACUUUUGCAUGCUGCAGAUUUAGCAUGACAAGUUGCAAUCUUCCAGACCCAGACGUUUUUACAUUUCAUAGGCCGAAAUCAUGGACAACACGUCGGAGGAGUUCAUGCAGGCGAAGGCCUUCGUGGAGGCGGUGGCCAGCCGGAUCGGGGAGGAAGCGGCCAACAACUUCCUCGCCUCCUUCGCCCAGGCCAUCCCCCUGGUGCAGGAGGGCAACGACAUCAGUGCGGAGCUGCGGAAGCGGGACAACCUGCUGCUCCGCCUGGACGUGGUCACGGACGUGAUGGGCUACGAGGGCUCGGUAUCGCAAGGAAAAAUCCCCCCUCCCCGUAUUGAAGAGGUAGGUUUUCGAAAAUUUGUGUUGCUGAUUUGAGGUCACAAAUCACGUGUGUGUUGCAAGAAGACAAGGGCAGCAGCUUCCGUCCCAUUAUGGAGCCGGUUUGUCAUGCUGUUGAGCCAACAUCGCGGACGCUUUUCAUGCUAAGCGCCUAAGUCAAAGCCUCUCUAUUCAGGCUUGAUAUGGGUCCGCAGUCCUCUCCAGCAAGACAAAUGCGAUUUGUGUACUCAAAUACUGCAUCACAAAUUUCGUUUUCGAUAUGGGGAGGGGGGAUUUUUCUUUUUGAUACUCGGAGCCGAUGCUGUGCGUCCGCCUGUGGAAGAAGGAACCGGCGGCCGCGAAGAUGAAGCGCGUCUUCAAGCGGGUGGUGCAAAACAAAAAGAUGAACAAGCACGUGUUCAACAUCGCCGCCUACCUCACCGGGAUCGGCACCGACCCCAACGAGGACCUCUACACCGACGCCGUCAUCGACGGCCACCGCUGCCAGCUGAUUGCCCUCUGGUCCUGGCGCUCCUUCCUGGUCCGCCUGGCGGGCAUGCGCGAGGCCUACGACGACUUCAAAAGUUACGCGGAUGAAGAUAGUAGUACACCUGUUGGUUUAUGAGCUUACUUGACGAGGACCAUGCAUAAAUCCUAGUAGACAAGAGGCAAGAUGAAACUGCCUUGAUGGGCGGUGGUGUGCUUCGCAUCAGUGCAGAAUGAAACAAAACUUGCAUUUCUUUGACUCAAGGCAGGUAGAAAUUCUUCAAUUUGCACAAACUUGAUGGGAGUUUGUUUACUUCGUUUUUGUAUUUGCUCUCGCUCUUGCUGAUGCUGAAGAGAAUCAUCGCUGUAAGGUUGUAAACCAACAUUUUCAUGGUGAUAAGAGUGCACAAAUGCUAAACCCUCGCUUGGCAUCCUGGUCCCCAACGUCCGAUAACCACGAUCCUUGGGGCGAAGUUUCCUACCUCGACGUCCGGCAGAGCAGCACACUGAAUAACCUCUACCAAUAUUCCGGCAGUGACAGCAGUUCCUCCUCGUCUUCGGGCAAUUUGUUACCGCCCUCCACGCCCGCCUCGGCCCGAGAGGUGAUCGACGGUUUGCGACAGCGCCUCGCUAUCGCGGAAAAGGAGCUCCUACAGGCGAGACAGAGAAGUGAGCUGAAUUUUCUUCCCGAAAAGAGAAAGAGCAAAAAGCCGCAAGAGGCCAAAAUGCUUGCGCAGGAGCUACUGGAAGAAUUGCGCGUCAUGAAGGCAGAGCUGCACGCGUGGAAAUAGGCAACUGUUUAUAGAGCGAGCGGAACUAUUUUUUUUCUCGUUCAGAUCGAUGUAGCAAGGCAAGGCCGGCGGCUACAGAGGGAAAUUAAUAGGUUUGUUUGCUUUUUCCUUCGGUAUAUGCAGCCUGUUUUCAUCUCAGAAAUACAAUGCUUACGCCCCGUCGUCAGCCUUGCCGGCUGUUCUUUCUCCGCACGCCAAAGUAUUUGUUGAAAGAGUUCCUUAUUCCGCGACCAUCCUUAUUUCUCUUUUGGUAAUUGCAAGUCUUCUCAUUUUCAUACGUAAUUCAGUUUCCUAAGUAGUAACUUGGUGGAUGAAGCUGAUGACGAUCGUCGUGACUUGUGAUUAUCUUUUUU